CACCCCACCACCACCAGUUUCCCCCGUACCUCUCCAUCUUCCACCUCCUCUGUCUCACCUCUUUGUUUUCUUCUUCUCUCUGUAAAAAAAAUACCAUGGCGAUAAGAGCCAAUAAACCCUUCCUCAUCCCUUCACUUUCCAUCAUACUUCUUCUGAGCAUAAUCCAACUCGCAACAUCUCAAUACACAAUUGGUGUUAACUAUGGAAUGGUUGCAGAUAAUCUCCCACCACCAUCAGCAGUGGCUUCAUUUCUUCAAUCAAAAACAAAUAUCGAUAGAAUCAAACUCUUUGAUGCAAACCCGGAUGUGCUUAGAGCUUUUGCUAACACCAACAUUUCUGUUACUGUGAGUAUAGCUAAUGGCUACAUCCCUGAUCUUACUGAUUUACAGAAAGCCAAAGAGUGGGUUUCUGCAAAUGUUGUUCCUUUUUACCCACAAACUAAAAUCAUUAGAGUUUUAGUUGGUAAUGAAGUUAUGUACUGGAAGGAUAAGAAACAGAUUGCUUAUCUUCUUAGAGCCAUGGAGUCUGUUCAUACAGCUUUACAAGAUCUUGGGCUAAACAAGAUUCAAGUUUCUACACCUCAUGCCCUAAACAUCUUAUCAAUUUCUGAUCCACCAAGUGCAGGGCAAUUCAAGCCUGUGUAUGAUACUCAUAUCAUAAAACCAAUUCUUGAGUUUCAUAAUAGAACUAAAUCUCCUUUCAUGGUAUGUCCAUAUCCUUACUUUGGGUUCAAUGACGUGACAUUAAACUAUGCAAUUUUCAAAUCAAACCCAGGUGCAGUGGAUAAGAACACUGGGAAGAGGUAUAUGAACAUGUUUGAGCAAUUACUUGAUGCUACUCAUUCAGCUAUGAAGAGAGUUGGGUUUGGUGAUGUUGAGAUUGUUGUUGCUGAAACUGGAUGGCCAUCAAUUGGUGGUGAAAAUCAACCAGCUGUGAGUGUUGAGAAUGCUUUGUCUUACAACGGGGGUGUUGUUAAGUUUGUGAAUUCAGGGAAAGGUACUCCAUUGAUGCCUAAUAAGAAGUUUGAGACUUACAUUUUCUCAUUGUUUAAUGAGAAUCAGAAACCAAUGGGGGUUGCUGAACAGAACUUUGGUUUGUUUAAAGCUGAUUUUACUCCUGUUUAUGAUGUCGGGAUCUUGAAAACUGGUGAUCAGAGUGCACCUCCAUCUACUACACCUGUGACCCCAACACCGACACCAGUAGUUACACCGGCACCAGUGGACUCUCCGACGCCAGUGGCACCAGUUACCCCAGCACCUGUUGAUUCUCCAACCCCAACCACACCCGCACCAGCAGAUUCCAAACAAUGGUGUGUACCAGCAGGGGAUGUCAGUGACGAAUUCUUGCAGCAUAACAUAGAUUACGUGUGUAGCUUGGGUUCAGUUGGUUGUCAACCUAUUCAAGACGCUGGUGCUUGCUUUGACCCGAACACAAUCCGGUCGCACGCAUCAUUUGCCAUGAAUGCUUAUUAUCAAACAUUCGGUCACGAACCUAUCAAUUGCGAUUUCACCGGUACCGGAAUUGUUGUCAACACCGAUCCCAGUUACGGUACAUGUGAAUAUGAAUGUUGAGAAUGGGAAGUUUGAUAUUGGAUUCGAGGUGUUGGAUUUCUUAAUCAAGAAAAAGUAAUUAGAGACAGAUUUAAUGUUAAGUUAAGCUUUAGAGUUAAGUAAUACUUUAAAUACUUUGUGUUUUGUGUUUUUGGCUUUGAGUAAAGAGAGAUCUUAGAUAGUGUUAUUAUGGGCACAUGGCACAUGGUUUGUGGUGUAGAGAAGAAGGAAAGAAUGUGACCAUUACUGCACCAAACGGCUAGUUCUGAACUAUGUACCCCUCAACGGCUAGUCUUGCUUCUUUUUGGGAACUGAUUUGGGGUUAUUACUCUAUGCAUCAUGGGAUUUGAUUCAUCUUUUAAUCUUUUUAGUUAUUAUUAUACAAGUAUAUAAAGUAUUUGAGUUGCUUCUUAGUAUUAUAAAGUAUUCAAGUUAAUGCGAAUUAUGUCAUUAUUUUAUCCA